UUCGCGAUAACGCAGAGGGCAAAAUGGCGGCGCCGAGUGAUGUUGUUGCUCCUGAGCUUGGAGGAACCGGCUAUGAUGCUCAACAGCGAAGACCUGGAGCGCAAUAUAGGAUUACAAUGGAAGAGAUGCGAGCCAUUAAGGACUGCAAUAGAGAAAGCUUUUAUUACAGGUGCCUUCCCUUUGCUUCUGCAGCCAUGCUCACUGUACAUUAUGCAGUCAAAGUUGGCUACCUGAGCCCGCAUCCAAGGCUAGGCUCAUCCAUAAAAGUUAUAGGGGCCGGCUUCGUCGGCUGGCUAGUCGGAAAACUUUCCUACCAGAGGAAAUGCGAGGAAAAAUUGAUGGCGCUGCCCGGAAGCGCCAUCGGAGAAGCUCUCCGACGUAAAUACGGGCUGGCCACUCCCGAAGGCUUCUCAGAUUCUCAAGCUCCUAAGUCAUUUGACUUUCCAUCGUCCGAGUCUGGGUACUCUGUACUAAACGCCAGCCCGUCAUCGGGAUCUCUUAAUCUGGACGUGGAAAAAAAUGUCCAUUAUCAGGGCUUGGACGACAGCCAGCGACCCUCACUAGACAACGAACCUGUGUCUGCGGAGAGUGAAAUUCCUCCGGCAGCCAAGUCCAGCACGUCUUACGACGAACUGCGUAGGAGAAACAGAGAGGAAUACGAGCGUCGGCAGAUGGGCCCCAAGCACCCGCCUGCACAGCCCCCUUCUCCUCCCACCUACCGUAUGCCACCCAGUAACGAACAAUCGCAAGCAUCGUCCGGUAGCAGGAGCACUCCAUCUACGGUUCCCGCAAGAAGCACAGGUAACAAAAAGAACGAAUAUGGAGACACUUGGGACGAGUGAUAGGCAACAUUUGUUGGUCUUGAUCUUUUUGGCCUGUUGUAGAUUACACGAAAAAAUUAAAGGGUUCAUCAAGCUUUCAA